UCUAAAGUCUUCUUCUCCUCUUGAUCAUUUUACUUUCAAGUCUCAAAAAACUGUUUCUUCUAAAUGAGACGAAAGGGUCACAGUCACGGAGCAGUGUCGCCUUGUGCUGCUUGUAAGCUUCUCCGGCGAAAAUGUGUGAAAGACUGCGUCUUUGCUCCAUAUUUCCCGGCUAAAGAGCCUUACAAGUUUGCCAUUGUCCACAAGAUUUUCGGUGCUAGUAAUGUCAAUAAGAUGUUGCAGGUGCUGUCCGAGAACCACCGGAGCGACGCCGUGAAUUCGAUUGUGUACGAGGCCAACGCGAGGGUGCAGGAUCCUGUGUACGGAUGUGUAGGAAUAAUAUCUUCGUUGCAGAGACAACUCGAGACUCUCCAAACUCAGCUCGCUUUUGCUCAGGCCGAACUGGUUCAUAUGAAGACGCUCCACCGUAUUGAGUCUAUUGACACUAAACCGCCGCCCUACAUGGCGAGUGGCAUUAGUCUUCCGGCGAACAAAGACUUAUCUAAUGACGUCGACAUGGUCGACAUGGCCUUUGUGUACGAGAAUGGUGCCGGAGAGUCCCUUUGGUUGUGCUAGCUUUAGCCUGAUCUUAUCCUUGCAAUGGUUUUUUCAAAAAAAAUGAUAAGAUUAUAUCCUAUAUAGCUUGUAUAACUAAAGUAAAUCAAAGUAGCAAGUAGCAACUAAAGAAUUAAGAUUAUAAACUUUAUUUAUGUGUGCCUUC